UUUAGAUACAAAAAAUAGAAAAUUCUUGACGGUAGAAUUUCUUGCAAAUAGUGUUUUACUAAGACAUAUUGUUCGCUAAUAAUUUAUAGUCAUUGCGUGGUUAGUGCAAGCGUAUAGCAGUGUUUAAACAAGGAGAAUAAUACAUUGAAAAGUGCGUAAAAUUCCAGCUACAUUAAGUAGCGAAAUUUCGAAAUGUCGUUCAGCAUGGAUGGCAACAAGGUGACAGCAGAGGAAGAAAUUCAAGGGAUUCUGCCUAAUAUAAGCAGUGAUAAUGAUCUUAUUCAAGAACUCAGCUUGGCAAAAGAGACAGCGUGCGGACUGUGGUUUAUAAAAGGGAAAUUUUUACAAAAAUUCGCUAAUAAAAAAGCGUACGUGUUACUGUACGGAAUUUUAGGUUGCGUGUUUUCAGCGGCCUAUGCUUAUUUCAAUGGCACUAUAACUACUAUGGAAAAAAGGUUCAAAAUUUCGAGCAGAACUGCAGGAGUAAUAUCAGUUGGAAACGACGUGAGUCAACUAUUAGUCUCGGCGAUUUUGAGCUACUAUGCUGGCAGAGGCCACAGACCAAGAUGGAUGGCUUUUGGCAUGUACACUGUGGUGUUGUUCUGCUUAAUAACAGCGCUUCCACAUUACCUUUACGGAGCCGGUGAAGAUGCUCUCUCGCUAACAGAAGAGAAUAAGAACAGCAACAACUAUUCGACUUACACGAAUAUGUUCCCGCUGCAGAAAGCCGAGAAACAAGUCUGCAACAGUAAACAUACAAGUGUGAACCUUUGCGAGUACGAAGAAGAAAACAGCUCUCCUCAGCUCAUACUCUUCCUUGCUCAAUUCAUUUCCGGAAUAGGAGGGUCUCUUUAUUACACCCUAGGAGUCUCCUACAUGGACGAUAACAUUAAAAAAUCCAAAACGCCUGUUUUAUUAAGUUUCACGUAUUUUAUUAGAAUGCUGGGACCAACUUUAGGGUACGGGCUAGCCUCCAUCUGCUUGAAGUACUACAUAAGCCCAACGCUGACGCCUACCAUUGACAUACACCAUCCGCGAUGGUUGGGAGCUUGGUGGUUAGGGUGGCUGAUUCUGGCGGUGGUAAUAUUCAUAUUUGCCACGCUAUUGGCGAUGUUUCCGAAGCAGUUGCCCAGAGCUGCGGUGAGAAAGGAGCUGCUGAAAAGGCACAUAUCCAGACAACCUUCUGUACGUUCUUCGAUGAGACAGGAAACUGAAUUGCCAACUUCUUUUAAUGACAUGAUCAAGACGUUCCGUAGAGUUAUGAAAAAUCCUAUUUUGAUGAUGAACAAUUUCGCGGCGGUUUUCUAUUUCUUGGGCUACAUGCCUUAUUGGAUAUUCUUGCCUAAAUAUAUGGAAACUCAAUAUAUGCAAUCGGCUUCUGAUUCGAGCUUGAUAACGGGUAGUGUAGGUUUAGUGUUUUCAGGAAUAGGAAUCCUGCUUUCCGGCGUGGUGAUAUCCAAAUACAAACCCAAAGCAAGAAAAUUAGCAGCUUGGAACAUAUUAGUCGGCAUCAUAUCAGUCACAGGGAUCGUAUCUUACGCUUACUUAGGUUGCUCAGACAUCGACCACAAUAUAUCACUCUUUUCUAAAGACAAGAUGAGCCCCAUAUCAGAAUGCAAUUCGAACUGUCACUGCGACUACAUGCGAUACAACCCAGUUUGUUCGCAAGACGGUAGAACAACGUACAUAUCGGCGUGUCACGCCGGUUGCCGACAUGCUUCGAGAAUAAACGGCUCGAACUUAUUUUCCGAUUGCACGUGUAUUAGCAAAAACGAGACGGUCUCUUCCGAAAGGAUCACUGAAAUCGAAGAGGCGCUGCGGAAGGAGUUCCGCGAUGGAAAAUCGAAGGGCGGGUUCGCCCUUCCCGGACGGUGCCAAGUCGAUUGUUUCACGGAGUUUUACAUUUUUCUGUGUGUCGUUUGCUUGUUGAAAUUCAGCGGGGCUACCGGACGGGCCUCUAAUUUUUUGCUGACGGUCAGGUGUGUAGAAGAAAAAGAUAAAUCUGUUGCGAUGGGUUUCGGGUUGAUGUUGAUGAGUCUUUGCGCUUUCGUUCCCUCUCCGAUUUUGUUCGGAACAAUUUUAGAUAAAGCCUGCUUGUUUUGGAGCAAAGGUUGCACAUCAACAGGAAACUGUUGGUUAUACAACGGGAUAUUGCUAAGAUAUACGAUGAAUUUCACGGCAGCAACAUUCGUAUUCAUCGGCGUUUUAUUCGAUGUGGGAGUGUGGUACUUCGUGAGGGAUCUGCAGAUAUUCGAAGAGCAAAUCGAGCUGCAAUUACAAGAAACUAUUAAAUAAACCGUUAAGAUUAAUCGAAGCCUUUUUAUUAAAUGUUUGUCACUUUCAAAAAUUCUGGAACCGGAGCAGGUCUUCUGGGCUGAAUGCUACUGGGCGCUAUGAGCACCAAAUGCUCGUGUUUCGGUCUCUUCGAUUUCGUCACGUUAAUUUGCGGGCUGACGUGAAGAACGAUUUUUCCUUCUGAAAUCUUUAUAGUCGGAUCAGGUUCGCUGUCAUCCGAAACAUCCACGAUGUUAUCCGCGAAUUUGUACAACGAUGACAUAUCAGAUUCUCCCGAUGCUUUAGAAUUCCUUUUGUUGUUUCGAGAACUCGGUCUCGUAUCCGGACCUGCAGCAGCUUGUUCACCUAACUCUGCUUGGUUGAUAUUAUUCUCGGAUGCACUUAUGGUAGCUGAAGGACUUGGUGAUAUCGUGGCAGUCUGCAAGGACGGAACCAAAUCGCCUUCAUCGAUGUACGAUUUAAUCCUGUCUUGUCUCGAAUGAGGCCGCUGCAGUCGAUUUCUAAUCCUUUCGCCUAGCUGUUUGAUGAACGGGGAAUUUUCCUCCAUCGAUCGGUGCUCUUCGGAAGUGCCGCUGUUGUUGGAAACCUCGACGUGGAUGUUAUGAUGUCGUUCCGGGGUGACGUGAUUGGAAAAUUCGGACGAGUAAAUAUUGAGAUCGUUGAUGAAGUAAAGCAAUACGCACGAUAUAAUUACCCCGCCGAACAUUAUGGUUAUUGUAACUAUUGCUAUGACAGUCGGAAAAUUUUCGGAAAAGUACUGGCAACCCUUUU